CAGUGUGGGGCUGUAGCAGUGGUUUCCUGGCCUUCCGUCAUGUGGGGCUCUGCUCCUGUUGCCUGGAGCCUUGGGUCACAUAGCCCGCAGGUGCCUGCCCUGCGAGGAGCCCGAGGAGCCGGGAGCAGAGAACCAACAUGGGCUCAGUGGCCGGAGUGCUGAGAGUUUUCCUGCUUCUCCUGGAUGUUGGAAGAGCUCAAGUGUUGGCAACGGGCAAACCUGCUGGGGCCGAAAUAGAUGUCAAAUACGCCAUCAUCGGGACAGCUCUGGGUGUAGCCAUAUCGGCCGGCUUCCUGGCCCUGAAGCUCUGCAUGAUCAGGAAGCACUUGUUCGAUAACGAUUCCUCAGACCUAAGAAGCACAAAACUGGGAUACAAUGGUCUGGUCCCUAUGAAAAAGGAGGGAGAGCAAACGGCUUCUUCAUCACAGAGCAGGAGACAUGCCAGCUCUCCUGAGGACAAAAGGGCACAGGAGCUGCACGUGCAGGGGGAGACACCGUUGCGCUAAAGAAGAAAGCCUCAAGGUUAAACCUCAACUUCUCUGAAAGAGAUGCACGAGUGAUUGAACUCUGAGUGAGCAGCCGCUUCAGGAGGGGUUUGGCAGUCUGGAAAACUGCCCAUUGCAGUUUUGGGGAUGUCUUAAAUUUGAGUGUCCAAAGCUGGUGAUAGACCUUCACGUGGAAUUCAAUAUCCAGGGCAGAUAGUAGAAUGAACAGGACCUCCAGUGCCUCUGUCUUGAAGGAAAAUAUUGCUUCUCUUCUGCAAGAAGGUGGCUUCAUAGAGGGAGGCAUGCACACUUUAUCCAGGGGUAGGAAAGGAGGGAAGCCAAUAAAUCCUCGCUGCCUUCAUGGUCCCCAUCUCAGAACUCUUCAUGCUUCUAUGACGGCACCAUAGGACAUGUCGAUGGAAGCCACCCACAGCAAUGGCUCAUGGGAUGCGAGCCAAACUUAAGACACAGAGAUAGCACCACCAUUAUCAACAGGUAAGCAGCAUUUCCAGAACUGUUUGCUCCACCUUCUUAGCUGCCAGAAAAAUCCCCCUGUGAACAUCCGGAGGCCCUGAUACACGGAGACCAUGCGGGAAUCUCCAUUCCUGUAAAUGAAAGACUGAUCUUCCGAAGGAAGAAAUGGCAGGCUGGGCUGGAGUGAUAGGAAGGGCUCUGACACCCAUGGACUGGGCUGCAGCUCUUCAAAUGGUGGUGCCAACAAAGGGUUAAAUGAGAAAGUAGAUGCUAUGGCUUCUAGAGAGUUAUACAAAUCUCAGCCAUUAUUGUUAUGCUUAUAGAAUUCUGCGGUUAUUAUUACAAUGUGCACACCUUGUGGGGGAGGACACAACUGGCAGGGGCUUAAGAAGCCCACAUCUUUUUAUUAUUCCCAUAAACCUAAGGUUCUGUGGCACAGGUCCCAUUAACGUAUCUCUCCCGUGUAAUAUUAGCCCUAAGUUUGUGGGGCUGCAUUAUGGAAUAUAUGUUGCCUUUCCAUUCAACAGAAAUCCAGGUGGUUGUAUGGUCUGGUUCUCCUUGGGUUAGGUUACUCUCCUUGUGUGUGAUGAAACAUGGGCUACAUUUCAAAACAAAGUGCUGUGUUAUAAUAAUUUGCCUGGAUUCCCAGGGCGUCUUUUCUCUGACUUGAUAACAACGUAGUUCAUUAGCAGCCUUCGUUAACUGAUAACCUGAAGUGGUCAUGUGAUACUCAUAAGCAAUUUUCUGUGUGUAAGAUAGAAUAAACCACGUGUAAGCUAUCUGUUAAUUGAUUUGUUUCUUUCAGCAGCAUUUUAAUUAAGACAUCUGGUUUGUGAAUGGCACAGACACUUGUGAACUGAAGGUGAAUGCUUCUGGAUUCUCAAUAAUCAUUUUACUUUCUAUAGACACGACAGAACCGUGGGGUCCUCUGCCCCAUCCUAUAUGGUGACAUAUUAUCCCAGCAUCGCUCCUGGGCUCCAGCUUCGUUUCAUCCCCACACAAGUUCUCCUGUGUGAAGAACACAGAGAAAUAUGCCGAAGACCAGUGCUCUCUCCUCGGGUUAUAAAGGUUGACAUGACUGGGAGGUAGAAGGGGCUGGAGGCCCUUUGCAGUGGGUGUCCUUGGCUUACAGCCAAAUCCAAGCUCAGUGGCUUCCUUCUAUGGGAGUCCUACUGGACCCCAGCUCCUGGGGAUGGAGUUUCCAGAGGAUAGACCUUGGACGUGUUUGGAAGCAGCCACGAUAAGUCAUUGUGUCUGUGGGUGCAAUGUCUUGAAUGAAGGCCGUUCCAACUGCCUUACCCUCUGGUUCGGGAACAGGAGGCCAGGGGCUGGGAUAAACCCUGCCCUCCCAGCCCAGGAGGCCUUGGGCCCCCAGAACACAGGCAGUUCCCGGACAGUCUAUUUGGUGGGUAGGACACCCUGCCCAACGCAGAAGGGGCAGAUGACACUCACACACCAGAUGCAAAGCCAUCCUCACAAGGGUGGAGCAGGCUGCAGAUGGCAGCAUCCAGCCAGGAUCUAAGGGAUCAGCCAGGCUGGCUGAUUCCAGGGCUCAGGAACUAGAGGAGGGGACGGGGAGCUGGGGGAGAGAUCUGGCAAGGUCAACAAAUUAAGUAUGUGUUAAUCUCUAGAUCUACAAAUUAAAAAUAUAUUUAUGUUAAAUAUAUAAAUUAAAAUCAAUACAUAAAAAUUAAAUAAAUAUGCAUGUAUAUUCUUCUCUGUGUUAAAAGUAUAUAUAUCAUAGAAUUCUAAUAUAUUCUAUGAUACAUUCUGUUAUAGAAUAUAUGGGGGUUUGAACAAAUAAAUAAAUGACACCCUUCUCAUAAUCAGAGUUUGGAAAUAGUUGAGUGAUAGAUCAACAAGUGAAGCAGAUAGAGAUGACAAUAUCAGAGUUAUUGUGAUUUUUCAAAGGAGUCUUGACAUGUCAGUAUCACUCUGCAGUCCCCUAGAGUUCUGCUGUGCGUCCUGGGCCCAAUCAAGCAAGAGCCGAGGGUGGCUUGGCUUGGAUUGCUGACAGCAAAGAUUCAGAGGACGCAUGGGUUUGGCUAGGGUUUGGAGGUGGCGAUGCAGGACUUACUGUCAGGUGGAUUUGGGGGUGAGGGGAAGGCCUUUCACCCUUCGCUCAGCAUCACCACUCCUAGGGUUUCGAGUCCUCGCCCAGGCUGGAGAGGACCUGGGAGCUAGUCUUGGGAAUGGUCUGCAACUGGUCUUGGGUCGGUUGUAACAACUAUUAGGGAGCCAAUGGGUGGGCUGCAUUUGGAGAGAGAGUGAACCCCACAUUCCUCCAGUUCAAGCUUGUGAACUGGGGUUAAAAACACGCACAUCAGAGAGUGCUCCAGAAUGUGUUCUGAGAUCCAUGAAAGAAAGCAGGAAAGAAUCACCUGGAGGAGCAUAAGGCCUAUCUACCAUGAGAUGGAGUGUGCAGAGGGGCUGCUUAGACAGAGGGAAGCUGAGUGGAGCUGAAGAUGCCAGCAGAGGGGUUGGUACCUGGGACAGGAAGCCUAAAAGGGCCUG